AGAAGACAUCGCUCACAUUCUAGAUCAAGAAAGAAUUCAUCACCACCACCACCAGUAUCAAAAAGUACGAGUGAUUUACAUAAAAGUUUAUCUACUAGAACAAGACAGAUGGAUCGUGAUUUAACAAGUAAAAAUAAAAAAUCUUAUUCGGAUGAUAAAGAAAUGGGAAAAAACAAUCGUUCUAGUAGUAAUUUAGAUAAAAAAAGGAGUAUUAAACAUAAAGAUUUAAUUUCUAAUGCUGAUACAGAAUCGACAACUUCUUCUUCAGAUAUUCCAUUAGGUGAUAGAUUACCUUUAGCUAUGUUGGUAACAAAAUUACCAUCAUCAGGACAAUCAAAUUCUCGAAAACCUGAUAAAGUGAUUGUUGAAGAAGAUGAAGAUACAACUCCUUUAGGUCGAAUCGGUUCUUUUGGUGCAACAUCAACAUCAUCACAAUCCCGUUUGCUAUCAACUGAUAAAUCAUCGAAUAAACAAUCAUUAGAAGAUGAUACAAAUGAUUUUUAUGAUUCAAUAUUGAAUGAAGUACUGGGUAUUGCCGAUUAUCAAAAUACUGAAGAUGACAAAAGUUCCGAUGAUGAUAAUCCUAUAGGAAAAAGUUUACCGAAUAUUAAAUUUAAUAAAGAAAAUGAUGAAGAAAUACCUAUUGGUAAAUUAAGGAGUGGCUAAAAUAUAAAAGUAGAUUUUUAACUUAAUUAUUUAUUUCUUUUAUUUCCUUUACCUUUUUUAUUUAAAUAUCGAACCAUUAUUCCAAUUAAGAUAUUUCAUUUAAGCAAUUUUAAUUGCAUAUUUUUUUUUU